AUGGUUGGCAUCAUUACCAUCAUGAACAGUGAUGAUGAUGAUCGGUAUCCUACAGAUAUCAUUGUCAAAAAACCUGUAAAUGUAACAGAGAACACGAAGCAGGAGGGAGUUCAAGAACAAGUCCUUGGUGGUGGAGCCUUCACGAAUAGUGAUGAUGAUGAUCGGUAUCCUACAGAGAUCAUUGUCAAAAAGCCUAUAAAUGUAGUUGAGACAAGAUGUAGGAAGGAGUUCAAGAACAAGUCCUUGGUGGUGGAGCAACCAAGAACCAAUGGAGAUGCUACGAAAGGAGUCCUGUUCACUGACUUCCCUCCUGUCCUUCAGCUUCUGCUCAAACGGUUUGAUUAUAAAUGUGGGAGCUGUACGAUGAAGAUAAAUGAUCAUUAUGUUUAUCCUCUGCAAUUGGACCUUGAUCGAGAUAAUGGAAAAUAUUUGUCCCCUGAAGCAGAGAAGAGAGUUCGCAACCUUUAUACACUUCACAGUGUUUUGGUUCACAGUGAUGGGGGGCAUUGUGGACCUUAUUAUGCUUUUAUCGGGCCAACGCUCUCUGAUCAAUGGUUCAAGUUUCAUGGUGAACGAGUAACAAAAGAAGAUAUGAAGAGAGCCUUGGAAGAGCAGUAUGGUGGUGAGGAAAAGGUGAUAACAUAUCAUGGCUUCAGCAGCACUUUAUCAAAGGCAUACUCCCACGCCUACAUGCUUGUCUAUAUACGUGAAAGUGACAAGGAGAAAAUAAUGUGUACCAUGGAUGAGGAGGACAUAGCGGAACACCUUAGAACAAGGUUGAAGAAAGAAAAUGAAGAAAAGGAGCACAAGGAAAGUAAAAAGGAAGAGGAUCGCAUGUAUACGACCAUAAAGGUUGCACAACAACAUGAUCUCUUUGAGCAUAUUGGGAGGGAUGUUCGUUUUGAUCUUGUGGAUUUUAAUGAAGUCAGGAGCUUCCGCAUUGAAAACCAACGUCCUUUUAUCCAUUUGAAGAAAAUGGUUAGUGAAAAGUUUUGCAUUCCAGAGCAAUUCCAGUGGUUUUGGCUGUGGGCCAAGUGUGAAAACGAUAACUAUUGUCUAAGCCGGCCAUUGACUUUUCAGGAAGAGCAACAAUCUGUUGGACAGUUGAGAGAGAUUUUGAAUAAUGCAAGUAGUGCAGAACUUAAGUUGUUCUUUGAUGUGAAGUACUGGCCGAAUUUUCGCCCUAUUUCUCUACUGGACAAGACAGAAGACGAUAUUUUUCUGUUUUUCAAGCUGUAUGAUCCAGACAAAAUACAGUUCCGGUAUGUUGGAAAUCUUUUUGUCAAGGGUUCUGAUAAGCCUGUGGAUAUCUUAACAAUACUAAAUGGGAUGGCUGACUUCGACCUUAAUCAAGAAAUUGAACUUUAUAAGGAAAUUAAGAUCUAUCUUAGUGAUUGUGAGCAAAUUGACAAGGAACUCACUUUUCGAUCUAGCCAGAUUGAGAAUGGGGAUCUUAUUUGUUUUCAGAAGUCUCUUCCUUUGGAAGGUUUUGUUGAAUACCAAUAUCCUAGGCUAUGUUUGGUAGCAUAGAAAAGAAAAGAAAAGAAAAAAGAAUCUAGAAAAUAAAAGAAAAGAGAAGAAAAGAAAAGAAAAGAAAAAAUAAAGAUUUCACAGGUGUUUGAUUGACAAGAAAAGAAAAGAAAAGAAAAGAAAAGAAAUCUUGGUGAUUGGUUGACAUAACAAGAAAAGAAAAUAAAAUUUAAAUAGCUAUGCAUGAUACUGGAUGAGUUUCAAUUCAUAUUUUUGGAUUUAGGUUCAAAAGCUCAUUAGAAAACUAGAAUCAUGUGAAAAAAAAAAACCAGAUUUAGAAGAGAACCUGAUAUCAGAACUUGAGACUAACCGAAUGUCAGAUCUACAGGGCAUUGAUCUCUGUCCUUCUGAUUAACUCCAAGACCCACAUCAAAAACACUGCCAGAUCUUUUUUCACUGUUAGGAUUUUCACAAAAUUGAUCAUUUUUCUUUCAUUCAAUGCAUAUGGAAGUUUCCCAUGACCUCACCUGAAGUGUUUAAAUUUUGAGCACUAUUCUCAUGUUGUGGGUGUGACUCUCUAGGGAAGGGAAUUUCUAAAACUGACUCAAAUAUAUCAUCAGAAAUGUUAUCUCAGUUUUGUCUGAAACUGUAGUUCUUUCAUUCAGCAUGCCCCAGUAGUCUGAAUUUUCAAAGUCUUGUUAGAAGAUGAAUUGGAUGAGAGCAGAGUAAGAAAGGGGUUAGGACCCAGAGACCCAAGUGGCCAUCAAGUCACCCUACUUAAAUGAAUCUGAGUCAUAUCCUUGGACUACAGGAUUAUUUGAUUGUCAUGAGUACCAUAUAAAUGGUAAAAGAUGUUGAGAAUUGGUUUAUUUAUGUUGUCACUCUCAUUCUUCUUCUUCUUCUCAUUCUUGAAUAUUCUGUGUAUUAACAUUGGAACCUCCUAGUGAACUUGGCAUUUAAUUUCAUUCUCCAGUAGUCCAUUUCGGCGUGGUUCUGAUUUCUUUUUAGAGCCAAAACCUGAAUUUCAAAUCAUUACAAGAUAGAUUAUGUAGCUUUAUCUUCUCUGAACUCAAUAGUUUGAAUUGGAUUGAACAUGGAAUACCAAAUCAUUUGAAGUAACUUCCUGCAACAGCUCACACCAUACUAGUACUUAAUCAAUACAUAUCGUAGCCUCAUGAAUCAGUGGUCGGUUUUCAGUAUAUAAUUAAGUUUACUCUCUUCUACUAUUGCAAUUCUACCUAGAUGCACCAGGCAAAUAUGCUAUUUGCAAAGUUUGGUGGUUGGUAUACUCCGAUCAAGAGGGUCAUAUAUCUGGUAGUCUUGUGCAUAUUGGGGUAGAUUAUACACAUCAGACGCAUACACUUUCCUGAGAAUAAGCUUGCUGACAACAAGGUUGGCACUCAAUCCUGGCACUGAUCAGGGGAAAUGAAAUCCUUCGUUUAAUGAGAGAGAGAGGACUACUUUCCUCCCACCAAUGUAUCAAGAAAUGAUCCAUUGCACCAGUCAAAUUUGGCCACUCUUUAUACUCAAAAGACCUACUUUGUCAAUUGGGAGUGACUCCACAUCAUUCAAAAGCAGGGCAGUUGACGGGGAUGGAAAGAUUGUUAUAUUAGUUUUUUUUUUUUGGUAGAAAAUUGUUAUAAUAGUUGAGACAACAAAAAUUUACCUUUGCUUUAUGAAUAUCCAAGGAUGUGUAAAGAGACUACCAUUACGGAUUCAUGUUAUAUUUCACACUUACCAAACUACUAGCGGGGGAAAGAAAAGAGUUAUCAGAGAAAUCACCUGAGCUUUCCGGCAAAUGGCCAAGUAAUUGAAUAGAAGUUUUUUUGUCUGUUCCAUCUCCUCUCUCCGAUGCAUAGACACCAUUCCUUCGUUUGCUUGACUGGCAGGCAGUUUUCCUACUACAGGUAACAAAAGAAAAAAAUUAAUACUUUAUUGUCGAAUUGCCACUAAAAACUGUCGGAAAUUACUCUAUCAUGAAAAAUAUACUGGGUGAAGGAAGAAUACAAGUAUGAUAAACGCCCGAAAGAGAAAAACUACAAUGGGUAUUCGAAAGUAAAGCAAUACAGCAAUAGUUUGUAUCCCCUCCAUUGAGGUUUCUUUGUAUAUAUGUAUCGAAAAAAAUCCAUUGAGGUUUCUUUGUAUUAGUAUUUAGUGGACCUCUUCUUGUAUGGCCUUUUUGGCUGGUUAUUGUAUACUGUUUUUUCUUUUAAUAUAUUUUCCAUUCACCCAAGAGAGAGAGAGAGAGAGAGAGAGAGAGAGAGAGAGAGAGUAAAACAACACAUUAGUUCAGAACAAUUAGACACGGGCAAUAUGAAAAGGAAGUGAAAUACAGGUCAGGUUCAAGCUUUGGAGAUGGGUAAUCAAAUAUCAGAGUAAGAACAAGGAUAAAUUAGAUGAAACCUAAAAAGGAAAUGAUAUAAGCGUAAUCCAUAAAUCAUUUCAGAGAAUUCAAGGCAAUCAACAAACUAAAUGCCAUGUCACAGCAACCCAUUUCAUUCCAGAGUUGGAGAAGAAAACCCAUCACACAACGAAAAGAACAUGUCACAAUAAAAAUUUAAAAAUUGGGGGAAACUUUAAAGAACUUACAGAGGGUGGGAAUUGUGGAAGAAGGUUGAUGGACAUGAAGAAGAACGAUCUCUCGACAGCCGAACUUCCGGAAACAGAAAUGAAGCAAAGGCAGUGUUUUAUGAACCUUCCCAACUGCAACUGUGAUUCUGUCACCAACUUCUUCCGUAAAUUCCGGCGAUAGUGGAGUCACAGAAUGAUCCUGAUCCUGAUCCUGAUCAUGAUGAAGAUCGCGAGAAGAUCCAAGUGAGGAAAGGGAAGUCGUCUGAUAAUAUAUGCCGGAGAAGUAUGGUCCGGCGAGUUGGGGAGGAGGUGUCGGAGUCAGCAACUCCAUCUUCCAGUCCGACGCCCACGUUGAUUGGAUUCUUCCCGUCUGAGUCCGAGAGAGACGAGAGAGACGAGAGAGACGACAGAGAGAGUUGGAGGCGAGAGAGAGAGAGAGAGAGGGUUGGAGGUGAGAGAGGUACCUGUGAUGUCUUUUUUUGAUCGAUGGAGAUCAGUUUCUUCACCUGGAGAGGGAGACAGAGUUGGAGAAAGAGCAAAAUAUAAAGUUUUCUCUUCUCUAUACAACUUAUCUCGUCCUCGCGGGAAGAAAAAAAAAAUGGCAGCGAGUGAAAAUUUCACAGAAAUCAAGAAAAAUUUGAAAUUUAAAUUUAAGAAUCUUCUUAUGCUUGUAUGCUAACCAAGCACAACGAUAUUUAAAAUGGAGGA